UGGAUAUUUGGUUCAUUGUACAUAAUUUGAAUGAUGUGUUAGUAUUAGGCAAAUGACUAACGUUAUAAAUAAUCGCUUUUGUUAUUAUUCUAUAAACAAAUAUACAAUAUUUAUUUUUAGUUUUCGUUCAGAUUUAGUUAAUUUAUUUUUGUCUACUUUUACUUUAUUUACUGAACAAUCAGUUUUUAAGUUAAUAUAGUGGAGUAUAAAUCAUAAUACAAUAAAAUGUCUGAUACUGAUUCAAUAAAAACUGAUAGAUCACACGUAGAACUGCAACAGAAGUAUGAUAAAUUAGCCAUGGAAUUUGCAAAAACUAGAAUGCAGUUAAAUGUUUUAAAAAAAGCAUAUACCUCUAAAAUAUCCAGAUGUGAUCAAAGAAGUAUGGAUUCACUUGAUCAACUGGAAGGUAGCAAGUAUGAUACAAUAUCAACCAACAGUUUAGAUUUUCAAGAUGAUUAUAAAAAAUUCAACAAUAGUCCAAAAUUCAAAGGAGAAGAAGCCAAACAAAAAGAUCUACUUAUUUUAAAACAAGAUAUUGAAAAUAUAAAUAGUCAUAUACAAAGGGUACUUGAAAUAACUAAGUCAGAAUUACUUGAUUAUAAUAUGAUUAUGUCAGAAAUCACAAAUUGUAAAAAUAUACAUAGCAAAAACCCAAGCAAAAAUAAUAGUAUUUUUGAUUACGAAUUUUUGUUAUUAAAAAAUUCUGUAAAUGUUUGUUUGUAUAAUUUGUUGUAUCAUUGUCUAGAAUCUAGAACUAAAGUAAAUGCUAAUGAUGCAAAACUUAAUUAUCCUUACCAUUAUUGCCUUGAAAAAGAUUAUAAGCUUGAUGAUAAUAGAUGGCAAGAAGUAUUUGUUUCUUUAGUACUGCACUUCUUUCGUUCUUUUAUGGAAGAUCUUCAUAAACUCAUAGAAUAUAUUCUAAAAGAUAUUGAUAUUGAAGCUACAAAAACUUUAUCACAAACCAUUAAAUCAUUUUCUCUCUUACCUAUUACUGAUUAUUUAAUUUUGGAUAAAAUCACAGUCUAUUGUACCAAUCUGAACAAUAUAAAAUUAAAUGAAAAAUAUAUUCUUUUGAAAAAUAUCUUUACAUUCAUUUCGGUUCAAUAUUCAGAUUUUGUUAAGUUUGUCAAAGAUUUAAUUAAGUCAGAUAACUCUAAUGAGAUUCUUAGUUGCUGUCCACUAAGACAAUGUGUGAUAUCAUUAAUGGUGCUAAAGUUUCCAGUCAGAGAACUAGUUUUGGAUGUUGAAAACUGGGACUCGAAAAUUAUUGACCAAAUGUUAAAUGAUGUUUUCAACAUUAGUCAUAUAUUACUUCAUGCAAUAAACAUUAUGGAAUUUGAAUACUUCUACAAAAAAUGCCAAAUUGAUGUCCAUUGGCAUAUAAAAAAUUCUUUAGUGUGUGUCAAUGAAUCAACAAAGGCUAAAAAGGAUUUAAAUUCUCCUUUUAUUGCCAAUGAAUGUUUUGAAAAAGCUUUACGUAUUUAUAAUGACAAGUUAAAUGAAGAAGUGGCAUUGUCAAAGCGGUUUGAACAAGAAAAAAUUCAUUGGGAGGCUGAAUAUAAUUUACAAAGCAGAAAAAACAAAUUUGUAGAAAAUAACAUUCAACAAAUUGGAUCUACUGGUUUAUUUACCAUUGCAAAUCAAUUGGGGAAACUUGAAUCAAGUAUUCAAUUAUCUGAUGAAGUCAUAGCCAGAGAAAAUGAAAUCAAAAAUUUUUUUGAAAAAAAAAUAAACCAACUUGUUCAUAAAAAUAAAGAAUUAAUGAGUCAAAAUAAUUUGCAAAAAAUAGAAAUUUCAGCAUUGAGUACCAAGCUGAAUCACAGUAUACACAUAAGAAACAAUUUAGAAGUGAAAUUACAAGAUGCAUUAGAACAUGUUCAAGAACUUAAAGAGGAGUUUCAAUUAACUUCUACUAGUUAUGAAACCCAACUGAGAGCAUUAACUGAACAUUUAGCCAGUUUAAAUGAAACUGUUAUGUUAGAGCGUAAACAUAUUGAUGAUCUCAAUAGUCAACUAAAAAUGAAAGGAGUUUGAAAAAGUUAAACAGUAUAUAUGCAUCAGAGCUCUGUGUAGGCAUUCAUUUUGAAGUCUGUCCAGUCUAUUGAUCUGUUAACAAAAUUUUGGUCCAUUCUGGACCCAGCCCAUCAGAAUUUUCACCAUAUAUAACAAUAAAAAUAGAAAAUACGAAUAAACUGCAGAUGUCAUAAUAAUCAAUAACAAAAUAUUUACAAGGUUUUAUUGCUAAAAAUAUCAUUUUAUCAUAAAAAAAUUUGUUAUAUUAUAUUUAAUUUAUUAAAAUACCCAAAAAAUAUUGAAUAUGAAUUACAUAAGUACAUUGUUAAAUUGCUUUUAAUUUUUUUUGUAUCUAACUAUGAUAGCUCAGUUACAUUAAAUUUGUAUUUUUAUAAUUUUUGAGUCUAUUGCAAUUUAGCAUGUUUAUACACAUAGGAAUUUGGCGUUAUCUAGUUAAUCAUUCACUAGACACUUGUUAGUUUACAACCCAGGCCAUCUAAAUUUUUAUACCCACUGGCCUAACCUAGACAAUUUUUUUUAAAAUCUGGUCCGAUCCUGAUCAAUAAUAUAGAUUUUAUACCUGUCUAGUCCUGAACCAGUUAUGGGUUUGAGCUGAGUCAGCCUGGAUCAUACAGAGCCCUGAUAUGCGUAUAACUAACAAAAUGAACAUUUUAUAAUCUAAUUUUACUUAACAUAUUUUAAUGUUUUUAAUAAUUUAUUUCUAUACAUUUUAAAUUAAAGCUAGAUAUCUUGAUCAAAUUUAACUUAUUUAAUUUCAUAUUUUUUGUA